UAUGGGCGUGUCCAUGUUCGUCCUUCCAAAGAAAAUGAAAAGAAGCUGCUAAAUACACACACGACCCCAAACGUAAUGGCCUUGCUGGCUUACAGGUAAAUGUACCUGUGUCCCUGGGGGCAUGGUUAAGGUUCUCUCGGGCAGACUUGCUGUUGCGUUGGAAGCGGCACCCUUUUGUUUUUGGGCGGAGCGUUAGCUGCUAGCCUUUUAUUUAGUUAGCAGCGACUACCUCAGAUAGCCGGUUGUAGGGACUCACAUGGCGACACCUCUGUUGUUUCACAACGGCUCGGCUAGCUAACAGCAGCCCGUCUCCUGCCCUUGGCCUGACCCCAUGGAUCCCGGUGGAAGUGAACUGGACUCCAGCCUGCCUCAGCCAGACAACCCGUGUUUGAUAGUGGAGGACUCCCAGCCGGACAGUGUCGCUUUAGAAGACGAUCCCGAGAGCAGCUACCGAGCUCUGCUGGCCCGUCGCCUGUCCAGUCUACAGCCCACCGCUCGCAGCCCGGUACUGGAAUUAAUAUCUUCACCAAUAGGAAGCAGGUGCUCUCAGACCUGCAGCCAAUCAGAGAGCAACAGCCAGGCUGAGCCUGACGGCCUUGCUGCAGCCAACCCCAGUUCGGCGUUCCAGGAGGACAGUCAAGUUUUAAACAUCUGCGCUCCUCCAAACAACAAAAAGUGUGUACCAGAGGACACGGACAUGGAUUCUGGUGCUGAUUCUACUACACACUGUAUUCAGUCUGAAGGGGAAGCUUCUCAGUUUGGUUUUCUUGAGCUUUCUCAGACUCAGGAUCUGUGUGGUGAAGCCGUGAACAGUCAGGAGGAAGAUGGAGACAAAUGCAACAAAUUGGCAGAGCAGAACAUCAGUUCCAGGACUUCAGAAAGUCAGGACAACAAAGCGUUGAGGUCUGAGGUGAGCUCCAGGUCUGAGGUGAGCUCCAGCAGCUCAUCAGAGUCUUUGGGUCAGUCAGGCAGGCAGCUGAGUGUCCAGGUUCUGCUGCACUCGCAGAACCUGCAGGACUCUGCUGAGCAGGACCAGCAGGACUGUGAGAUCCUGUCCUCACAGGAUGAUCUGUUUGAUGCUGACAAGACAGCUGCUGCAGUGGACAGUACAGUGUCUGAGCCGGAGCAGCAGGGUCACCCCACCUCCACACCCGCCCACACCCUACAGCUGCUGCAUCUAUCCGGACAGGGAACACUGGUGCAGGAGAGUCUGUCCCAGAGCUCUGUUGAUUAUGUCGCCCCCACCCCAGACAACUUUAGCCAUACCCCUUUAAUAGUUCCCAGCUCACCAACCGAACUAGAGGAUGAAAACGGUGCUGAUUCACAAAUGGAUACAUCACUGCCUCUGGAUGACAGGGGAGCAGGAGAAAAGGACGAGCCAAUGGAAACCGAGGCCGCCUCCAAGCCACAACCAUCUGCAUCGACUCCCAUAUCCCAAAGUUCCCCUGGUUUUGCUUUAGAGCGAACUCUCUCUGUACCGUCGCAGCCCGAGUUCUCUCAUGAUGUAUUUGUUCCAACGCAGAGCCAGGAUGCACAGACGCAUGAAAAGCCAGCGUCGUUGCCUUGUGAGACAGAGUCCCAGCAUCUUGAGUCGGCUCCCUUCACCUUGCCUUUGCAGCUCUCUGUGAACACAGAGAACAGCAGCUGUCAUCAGCUCACCUCUGAGGGGGUUGAGGAGGACAGCCAAGCCACUCAGAUAGAGGAACUGGAGGAGCCGCUUGGCGUCGACACCAGCGACUCUGUGAUUUCGUCUCACGAUCAGAGAAACGAGAGUAAAGCCGUCCCGUCGGAGUCACAAGCCGCCGCCGGCUCCAAAGUGUUGUCCUCUGCCGAAUCACCGAAGCGCCACGUUGAAUGUGCUGAGACUGAAGCGACCGAUCUGGCCCGGAAAUCAGCAGUUUCUCUGAAUGUACAAAAUGUGAAUGUAAACGAUGUGAAGGCUGACAGCAAAGAUGCUGGCUGUGCUGACAUGGUGUCUUGCUCGCAGCCAAAGUUUGAUUCUGCUGACCUGACAGGUAAAAGCUGUGUGCAGGAGACUCCCUCAGACGCUACGCCCUGCAGCCUGCCUUCACAGUCUAUGAUCUCUCAAACAUCUGCUGUGGAUGCAGUGAAGAGCUCUGCAGAUGUGUCAGGAGGAGCUGUGAAAAGUCCCUUUGUGGAAUCGUUGUCGCCGCAACCUGAGGUGGGGUGCAACAGCCAGGCAGACAAAAACACAAUGCAAGAAUGUGAACGAGGUGAAGAGGAGGAGGAUCAGGAGGUGGCGAUGGAGGUGGAGAAUGCCGAGGGUACCUCGGGAAUGGGUCUGGUUCUCUCCCAGAGCCAGCUGUUGUCUCCCGAACCCAUGGACGAGGAGAGUGGGGACAAGGCAGAGGACAGCGUCAUCUGCGUAACAGACAGUGAGAAAGAGGUGGCCUCACAAUCAAAGACUCACAGUUCUCAACCAAUCACAGGCCAAGUGUCAGUCUCUACCAAUGGCCACGAACCCCAGACUCAGGAGAAAGAGGCGCACUCGGCUCCCGAUAGGCUGUCCCAGACGGAGAGGGCGGGCUGUGAACCAGAGGCCCUCAAAGAAAAGAGCUUGAGCGACAGCUCGGGAGACAUUUCAUUCCACUUCACCCUUCCUAAAGAAGGAGACUUGAUUGGACCUGUUGUCGGCGCCACGCCACCGCUGAUCAGCCAGCUGAAGCAGACGCUGAGACACAGCACUCCCAUCGAGAUCAGCUCUUUUUCUGAAAAGUCGGAUGCAGUGGUUGACGUCUCCGCAGACGUGGUGAUGGCCAGCAGCGAUAUCGUUUUGGGUGGAAGUGGCGGUGACGCAGCUGACAAAGGUGACGGGAAGCUGAGCUUGAGGAUGAAGCUGGUGACGCCUGUUGAGGAGGGCAGCUCAGAGCGUUUCAGCCUGCAGAAGCCGACGCCACCAGAAGAGGAUGGAUCUGUCACCAAGGUUACGACUGUUUCCCAGGCUGUAACCAGCAGCCCGUCGGUGUUCACUCGGGUCAGGCAGGUGCACCGACAGCAGCAGGCGGAGGAGGACAGCCAGCCUGGAGGAAACACUACACUCGUCAGGGGGGAACUGUUCGCCUCACCACAGAGGAGCUCUCAGGCGUCCGUAUCGGAAUGCAACAGUCUACCGAACAGCCAGGAUGUAUCGACAGCGCCGCAGCAGGACCUGCGGGAUGCGCUCGCCCCCGCUGAGCUGCCUGAGGACAGCAGAGGACUGCCUGACGCUCAAGAGCCGACCUCCCCAAGCAGCACAACAGUCAGGCAGAAAGUGGUUUCCCAGCAGGCCUCUGAGAACACCAUCACCUCCACACCGCCCAGCAAGACAUGCCAGCGGGCAGUCUCCCAGCAGACCGGCUUCGAUGCAGCGGGGUUUCGCUCCCCAGCUGGCCGGGGUGAACCCGAGUCUCCGUCCUUUAGAAGAACCGUCGUCCCCUCUCACCGCAGACACGUGCGCACCAUCCAGGAAGUGCGGACCACCAUCACUCGGAUCAUUACAGACGUUUAUUAUGAGGACGGCAAAGAGGUGGAUCGCAAAGUCACCGAGGAGAGCGAGGAGCCCGUGGUGGACUGUCAGGUCUUGGACAGCGACAUCUCUCCGUGCCGCACAGGCAGCAGUUCUGUGACCUCUGGUGAUCUGGGGGACAUCAGCUCGCUUUCGUCCAAAGCGUCCAGCCUGCAGCACAGCUCCGGGGGAACCAGCAGCAGUACCGGCCUCACCAGACCAGACUUCAUCAUUCCAGCGAGCAGAGGGUUCAAAUCCAUGAGUCCGAGGAGGGGAGGUGGGCAUCAACAGAGGGGUCACAGGGGUCACAGGGCAGGGUCAGUGGUCACACUGAACAGAGGCUACAGCACGCUGGGGUCCCGGGCCUUCGUCCCGCUGACCCCCAGAGGAAGGGCUAGAAGGGGCCGACCCCCGUCCCGCUCCUCCCUGUCCAGGGGAGGAGGCGGUGGCUCGCUGCAGAGACUGAGAGCUCAGGGUCAGCCACAGUCCUCCUCAGAAGAUGAGCCGUACAGCCGCGUGCUCCCCCCACGCUUCCCUGUCAGCCCCACGGACCCCGAGCUGCCCAGCCACUCAGACUCCCUCAGGUCUUCGCCAGAGGCGGCGAGCUCAGCCGGGAGCAGCUUCAUCGGCCUGCGGGUGGUGGCUAAGUGGUCAUCCAAUGGCUACUUCUACUCUGGUCGCAUCAUCAAAGACGCCGGCGAGGGGAGAUUCCGCUUGCGGUUCGACGAUGGCUACGAGUGUGAGGUUGCCGGGAAGGAUAUCCUGCUGUGCGAUCCCAUCCCGCUGGAGACGGAGGUCACUGCUCUGCUGGAAGACGAGUACUUCAGUAUAGGUGUUGUUAAGGGCCAUAAAACAGAAGGCCCGGAGCUGUUCUACAGCGUGGAGAAGGAGGGUCAGAGGCAGUGGUACAACAGGACAUCGGUCAUCCUGUCGCUGGAGCAGGGAAACAAGCUGAGGGAGCAGCACAGCCUCGGGCCCUACGAGCCCACCACUCCUCUGGCCAAGGCCUCCGACAUCAGUCUGGAUAACUUGGUUGAGGGGAAGAGGAGACGCAGAGGAACCCCUGGAGGUCAGAACACUCCCAACCGCAGCUCCUCCAGCAGCCCUCGCACCCCGGGAACCUCCAGCAAGAGGAAGCUGAUGGCCUCAGAGGACAACCAGGGGCCGGCCAAGAGGGGGCGCAGGGGGGCGGGGGCCAGAGCUGCUCAGCGGGUCGGUGUGUGCAAUACCUCGGGCAGUGGCACCGAUGUCCCGGGUCAGUCUGGGGACGUGGAAGACUCUCACGGUCCGCUGCCCCAGAACACGUCCCUCUUUAUGGGCUUCGCGUUCAUGUUGACCGCCUCGUCUGAGACCGACCGCCUGACCAACAAGCUCACGAGCGAGGAUGAGGAGGAUUAUGUGCAGACGGGUCCGUAUAACAAGUCAUACACAGAAUCGCAGCUGCAGGCGGGCGGAGGCUUCAUCCUGCCAAACUUCAAUGAAGAACAGUGUAAGGCAGCUUACCAGAGCCUGCUCAUCGCAGACCAGCACUGCCGUACCAGGAAGUACCUGCUGUGUUUAGCCAGCGGCGUGCCGUGUGUGUCGCACAUAUGGGUGAGAGACUGCUGCAAAGAGAACAAACUGCUCAACUACAGGAACUACCUGCUGCCUGCCGGCGUGGGGCUGGACGAUGCCAUAGUGGAGUGGCAUCCCCGCUGCAGCCCCUUCAAAGGCCUGCGGGCCCUUCUGGUGUUUGAGAAGCCGGUGGAACUGUGGGCCCAGCUGAUUACCAUGGGUGGAGGCUCCUCCGUCCGGCAGUUCCAAGCAGACAAGGACAACUCUGACAUUCCUGCUGGCAAGUAUGACCUCGUGGUGACAGACCAUGCUUGUCCGCCGCUGCUCGAGAAAAGCGCAACAUCACAGGAAAUCCCGCUGGUGUCUCCGGAGUGGCUCAUCCAGAGUCUCAUCUGCGGGGAGCGCCUGGCUUUCGACAGCAAGCCUCAAUUUUGCCACGACUAUUCCUCAUCCUCAUAAUCUGACCCCAUGUGCAAAAUGCCUUUGACCAAGCUAAAUGUUGAGCUUUAGUUCUGUUGCAUGCUACUGCUGUAUAUAACUUGAUCCUGUCCGUUUUUAUGAGAUAAUAAAUUGUGACCCUUGUUUCAUUUUAA